AUGCCGGCCCAUGUUGAUAAAUAUGAAGCAUAUGAUGACUAUGCGGAUGAACUGGAAGAGGAUGAAGAGGAGGAGGAGGAAUAUGAGCAAGAAGAAGAAACGAAACCUUCUGCUGAAGAACUGGAAUAUCUUAAUUACAGAGAGCUGAAGAAGGAACAAAUUAGGAAGAAGAUGCAGAAGGAAUAUGGGGCAGCUGCUGCUGGGUCCCAAGAUAAUAAGAGAAAACCUUAUCUUGAAAGUUUUGGUUCAUUUUUCGGCCCCUCUCAGCCAGUUAUCGCCCAGAGAGUUAUCCAGGAAAGCAAGUCGUUGCUGGAGAACCCACACUUGGCAAUGAAAGUUAUCAACUCACAGCGUAAUGAGAAACGGAGUUCAUCCACAGCCACGGCUUCAACGAAUGGCGUAACUGAGAGGAUGUCGAAAAUGAAAAUUGAGCAACAAACAAAAGCCCAGAAACUCAAGGAUACAAGGGAUUACUCGUUUCUGUUAUCCGAUGAUGCAGCUGUCCCAGUUCCCGCAAAAGAAUCUGCUGUGCGAAGAGUGUCUGUUUCUCAGUCUGAGGCACGAUCUGCUCAAGUGCAACAGAAGAGCAACCAGCAUAUGGGAAAUGGUUACAGGCAUGUUAAUGGUGCUCGUGAACAGCAGAGGGGAUCAGUUCAUGGGAAUGGCCAACCACAAUUUGGAGCAGGGUCUCGCAAGGCUAUUUCAACCUCAGGAGCUAGGCCAAAUGCAUCACCAGUAGAUUCUAGGAGGCAGCUUGCUAACAACAAUGGUAUUGGACCGGGACGGCCAUCGACAGGUACAAUGAAAGGGCCGUCUCCAAAGAUUGCUGCUGGUUAUGUGGAGAAGAAGACUCCUUUGCCAGCUUCCAAGACCAUACUACCCCCAACUCGCAAGCCUCUCCCUUCAAAAAUGCAGUCAGGCAUUCAACGGCCUCAGUUGGGAACCAGGAGAGUGGUGCAAGAACCUAAUAGACAUCCCGAGUACAGAAGGAUAGUGCAGGAUCCAAGUAGGCAGUUAGAGAACAGAAAAGCAGCACAAGAAACCAGUAGAUCUAAAACGAUGUCAAAUCAACAGCCACAUUCUAGACCUCAGAUGAAUAAGCCACCUGUCAGACCAACCUCAUCCUACCCUUUAGCACAACAGAGUAGUGUGAUUAAAAGGCCUGUUCCACGGCGUCCUGAUGAUGACCACAUUGACCGGUACAGUAAGCCUGUCAAAAGAAUUAUCUCACAUGAUGUUCGACCUAAGAAAAAGCAUUCUGAGGAUGAAGAUGCUUUUGCUGAGCUCAGACAGAUGUUAGGGAGGCCAAAGUAUGCCGAGUAUGAAGAUGAUGAUGAUGUUAGUGACAUGGAGGCCAACUUUGAUGACAUAAUGGAGGAAGAGAAGAGAAGUGAGAGAAUAGCGAAGCAGGAGGACGAAGAAGAACUGAAGCUGAUAGAGGAAGAGGAGAGGCGAGAGAGAAUGCGAAGAAUGGCUAAGAAGCGCAAGUUAAGUCGUUAG